AUGAAUUCUAACAUACAUUCGGAGCUGAUACUCAAGUCUGAGGAGGAGGAUAUCGAACGACAGGACGACAUUGAGGAGGAGAAAUUAAUAAUUAACGCUCAUAGCGAAUGUAAGACGGAACAAGUACUUGAGAUACUCCCGCGCCCGCUGGUUUGUAAACCAGAGAACAUCAAUGUCGACUGUAAAACCGAACCCAUAGAAACCAAGUGGCACUGGGCACCGGGUGCCUGGCAGGAUGCCACCAGAACCAGCGCCUUUCAACCCUACAAGCCACCUACUUUGCUAACUAAUCUACAGAGAGGCAAUACUCAGACUGAGAUACCUCAGUUGUAUGAAGGAAAUGAUCUCACUUUUCACACUCUUGCUGGCCAAGGUGAACUUACUCCAAAUGACGUUCAACCAGGGACUGUAGAUGUUCCGGAUGAAAAAGGCUUCACUGCACUCAUGUGGGCAGCUGGAUAUGGUCAGUUGGGAAGCGCGAAACAAUUGCUGAAUGCAGGAGCAGAUAAAAACUACCGUGGCGUCAAUGGAGAGACAGCCUUGCACUUAGCAGCAGCGUACGGACACCACGACCUUGUUAAACUGCUUUUGAACCACGGAGCUCGCGCUGAUCCAAGUGACGAGGAAGGCAACACACCUUUGGUAUAUGGCGCCCAUGGUGAUCACCCUCAUGUAUGCCAUGAACUGUUAUCGCGAGGUGCUGAUGUAACUCAUAGAAACGUACAUAAUGUAACCCCCUAUCAAGCAGCCUUGGCAAAUAACGCAACUAUUGCAAAAGCAGUAAUCGAAAACUUUUUAAUGCAUCAGCUGAUGAGCCUACCAUCCGACGCGCCAAACUUGUGAUCCGGAAUUAUUGACAAGUCCGUAAACGUUAAAAUAACGUACAGUAAAUUGUAUUACAUAUUUUAUUAGUUUAUGUUUAUACCUUUCCGGCUGUAAUUUGCGAUAGUUUAUUAAAAUAUAUCGUGCCUGUAUAAGGAAUAUCACGCCAGUGAUGAAAAUUAUUUAUUUCUACAAUAUUCUUUGUCACACUGCGUUACAGGACAAGGUUUGGCUAGCCGCAAACGAAAUAGCCGCAUAGUAGUAUGAAAUUCUUCAAAAUUGAACUUUGGACAUUGACCUAUUUUUCUUGAUUCUCGGAUUUUGUUUGAUUAAUGUAAUGAAAAUUGCACUGAUUUCAAAUAAAUUCCGGAGACUGUAACCAAUUUUCGAAUCCAAGCGCGAUUUAAAUACAAGUAAACUGUCUCAUUCAGA